ACUCUCCUGUUGUCACAUGACAAAAGAACAAAAUAGGAAGUAAAUUCACUUUAACAUAAAACAUGUAAAAAUGUAGAAAAUAUGGAAGAGGCAGGCAACGGGCAAUACGAUUCUGGCGAAUCUGGAGACUAUUCAAGAUUUGGUAUACCAGAUGCCCCUAAAACUACCGUGACAACGCCGUUUGGAAAGGCAAAAACUUGUGCAGGUUUACUUCCGAAGGAAAGAUGGUUUCUGGUGCUAAGUUUCAUCAACAUUCUUGCUGCUAUCGGAUUAACUGCAUACAGACUCGUAGUAGUUGCGAAGGAUGACCCAACGAAUUCCGACUUCACUUUCACGAUUCUCAUCAUUGUUAAUGCUGCAUUUGUUGCUUUUUAUGUCCUUCAUGGUGUGUUGCGAGAGAGGAAGUACGAGUUGUAUGUACAGAUAGUGGCCAUACUAGUCAUCCUUAUUUACUGUAUUGUGGAAUAUGCUGUAAAAACAGACACGAGAACCACAGUUAAAUUGGUUAGGUUAAUCAUAGCAUGUGUUUUAGCUCCUCCCAAUAUUAUUCUCUCAGUAUUUGUGGCAAGAGAUUUUGGAGAACUUGAGUUUAGAAUUGCUGGUGCAUCAGCACACUUACAACGAAUCUAUAAUGAAGCUGCCAUAUUUUCAUGUUGGUUGAAAUUUGAUUUACAAGUGACAGUCAGUUUGGUUAUCCUAGCAUUACAAGAUGGUACAAAGAUUGACACACUGGAGAUUGUCACUCUAGCUGUUGGUAUUCCCUAUACAUUCCUCUGGGACGUCUUUGGUUGGUUUGUUUUACGUUUGGAGUUAGGAUUCGGGGCAUUUGUAUUUGCAGCAUUGGGUCUUGCCAAACCAGCAUAUUAUGUAUAUAAAUUUGUAGAGUUGUAUAGAGACUUGGAGACACAUACCCAUAAUAAUAUUAUCACCUAUUGUGUCAUUAUUUGUGGGGCCCUGGCUGUGCUUGUUUGGUUGAUAUUGAUGGUAGAACUUGUUCGUGUCUUCAGAAACUUUGGGAAGGGGCUGAAAGAGCGAGGAAGGAUCAGUUUUGGUGCAUUCACCCUCGGACAAGCACUAGGAACACCUAAUUAACUGACCACAUGAAUACUUAUACAGGACAAACCUCAAGUUUGUACUUAACAGCUGUAGCUUUGGUUGUAGUUUUUGCAGAUAUCAAGGACAUAGAAGCAUAAUGUAUAAAAUAUAUUUCAGUUAUGUAUAUUAAUUGUUGCCAUAGUUACAUUAUCAUUUAUGAUACUUUUAUAUAUUAUUAUGUUAAACUUGAUAUAUCUAAAAUGAUGUUUUGUUGCUUAUCUUCUUAAAAGAAAAAUACUUACCGGAGAGUGUAAGUUUGCCCUAGAAUAUUUAUCACAACUAUGUGUUCAAGUUUUGUUUUUUAAGCAUAAUCUUUACCUGCAAAUGAAGCAGAGUAAAUGGUUUGUACAUUUCUUGGCCACUGUCUUAAUAGGGUGGCCACAUAUAGUGUUACCCCAGAUAGUGUGUGUGUCAGUCUGUUUGUGCAUAAUUUUAUGUUUGUGUGUGUUUUGGAAAAUUUUAUUAGGUCUAAAACUUUUGUUUGCGUUGUGUGAUUCAAAUUUUCUUGGCUCAAGUGACUACCAUAACAUGAAAAUGUGUUUCAUGCAAGACCCAUGCACCUAGUUUAAUGGUCAAGGUCACACUUAGAGAUCAAAGAUUUCCCAUCUUUUUUCUUACAUGGUCUGUAACCUGUUGUAUGCAUGGAUUGAUAUUCAAAUAAUUUCGAGAAACUAUUCACCAUAGUGCCACAUGCAAUGCUCAGGUCCCUAUUUCAAAGAUCAUGGCCCCACUUGAAGGUCAGAUGUGUUAUAUAAUUUUUCACACAGCUAGAUCGAAGGUCAGCCUCAGAGUUCGGUCUGAAUGUUUUAUUGUCAAAGCGUUGUUACUCACCAGACACACACUAAUGACGUCACAUAGCAGGGAGCCAUUCUUGACCUUUGUACAUAUCUUUAGUUUUGUAAAUAUUGUGAUACAAUUUUAAAUUACAGUUUUCACAGUUUUAAUAACAUCAACAUUAACUAUUUAUCAUAAUAGUUUUAUGCCUUAAGGAGGUAGGAUACCUUGUUACAAGGGUA